AUGGAGCUGGAAGUGGAUGGCAUCGCUGGACACCUCUGCACGGUCACGAUCGCGGAGGAGUGGACCGUCCGCAACUUAAAGGAGGCCAUUGAGCUCCAAAGCGGCAUCCCUGCGGACCAGCAGCGCCUGGUGUUAGGCUACCACGAACUCCAGGACGCCCAGGCUUUGGACUUGGGCGCCGGCCGUGUGACGCUGCUGAGGCGUACGCCUGAAGAGGUGAAAUUUCUUCAACGCCUGGGGACCUGCGCGGCAGAACGGGCGCCCACUCUGCUGCGGGCGGCGCCCGCGGCCUUGCGUGCGGAGCGGGAGGUAGUGCUGCGCGCGGUGCAGAAGAGCGGCCUGGCGCUGCAGUUCGCCGCGCAGGAGCUGCGGGGCGACAAGGAAGUCGUGCUUGCCGCAGUGUCGCAAUGCGGUCAUGCCCUUCAGCAUGCGACAGAGGCUUUGCAAUCGGACAAGGAUGUGGUGGUCGCCGCCGCGCGGAGCUCGGAAGCGGCGUGGACGCUGCUGCCCUCCCAGUGUUUUGCUGAGAAGGAUGUGAUGUUGGCGCUCAUCGGCGUCUCGGGCCGACAUCUGCAGUUGGCCGAUCCCAGCCUGCGCCGGGAUCCAGAGGUGGUCAUGGCGGCAGUGCGACGCGAUGUCUUUUCCCUCCAGGCUGCUGCGGAUGACUUGAGAAGCCAAGAAGAUUUUAUGAUCGAGGCCAUUUGCGAGGAGCCCAUGGCGUUCCUCUUCGCCGCCGAGAAGCUGCAGCAGGACCGGGACUUCGUGGUGCGCGCAGUGAAGCAGAACAUGCGCGUUCUAAGAUACGUGGGGAAACUGCAGAAAGAUCCUGUGGUCAUGAGUGCUGCAACCAACUCCUUCGGGUCAGCCAUGCACUUGGCGUGGGAGGACGAAGAAGCGCUGGCCAUUCGGGCUCUGUGA